GUCAGUGACGGACCCUAGAGAUGGAAAGCGAGUUGCCCUCAAAAAGAUGCCCAAUGUCUUCCAAAACCUUGUUUCUUGCAAGAGGGUAUUUCGGGAGCUGAAGAUGCUAUGUUUCUUCAAACAUGAAAAUGUGCUCUCUGCUCUGGACAUACUACAACCUCCACACAUCGACUACUUCGAGGAAAUCUAUGUGGUGACUGAACUGAUGCAAAGUGAUCUCCAUAAGAUCAUCGUAUCGCCACAACCUCUGAGCUCAGACCACGCCAAAGUCUUUCUUUAUCAGAUCCUACGAGGACUCAAAUACCUUCAUUCUGCUGGCAUUCUACACCGAGACAUCAAGCCCGGCAACCUCCUGGUCAACAGCAACUGUGUGCUGAAG